GGCAGCGAGCAGGGCGGCCCCAUGGCCGGGCCCCCCUGAGGCAGUCCGGGGGAGUCCCCUCCCCUCCCCAGCUCUGGGGUCUCUGGGCCCCAUGAGCCGGGGCGCGGGCGCGCUUCAGCGCCGGACAACGACCUACCUCAUCUCGCUGACCCUGGUCAAGCUCGAGUCGGUGCCUCCGCCGCCGCCUUCUCCGUCUGUGGCCACAGCAGGCACCCCCGGGACCAGAGGUGCAGAGACCGGGGAUCCUGGCAGCCCCCGAGGCGCUGAGGAGCCGGGCAAGAAGCGGCACGAGCGUCUCUUCCACCGGCAGGAUGCGCUGUGGAUCAGCACAAGCAGCGCGGGCGCUGGGGGCACCGAGCCCCCCGCCCUGUCCCCAGCUCCGGCCAGUCCGGCCCGCCCCGUCUCCCCCGCUCCCGGCCGCCGCUUGUCCCUCUGGGCCGCCCCUCCUGGCCCCCCGCUCUCCGGGGGACUGAGCCCCGACCCCAAGCCUGGGGGCGCCCCUACCUCCUCCCGGCGCCCCCUGCUCAGCAGCCCGAGCUGGGGGGGCCCGGAACCCGAAGGCCGGGCGUGCGGCGGCGUCCCUGGCUCGUCCUCCCCGCACCCUGGCACCGGCAGCCGGAGGCUUAAGGUGGCGCCUCCUCCACCCGCUCCCAAGCCUUGCAAGACCGUGACCACGAGUGGCGUCAAGGCCGGCGGGGGCAAAGGCGCGGGUAGCCGCCUGUCAUGGCCCGAAAGCGAGGGCAAACCCAGGGUCAAGGGGUCAAAGAGCAGCGCUGGGACUGGAGCUUCUGCUGCUGCUGCCGCCGCCGCCGCUGUCGCCGGGGCAGGGGGAGCCGCAGCCACGACCUCUGCUGGGGUCGGGGCUGGACCGGGAGCCCGAGGGAAGCUGUCCCCUAGGAAAGGCAAGAGUAAGACCUUGGACAACAGUGACUUGCACCCGGGACCGCCUUCCAGCUCUCCUCCACCGCUAACCGUCCCAGCACCCCCGGCUCCAGACACUUCUGUCACCGCCGCUUCCGCGCAGCCAACUGGGCCUGCACCUCCAAUCACUCUGGAGCCUCCAGCUCCGGGGUUGAAACGGGGCCGGGAGGGGGGCCGAGCAUCCACUCGAGAUCGCAAGAUGCUUAAGUUUAUCAGCGGCAUCUUCACCAAGAGCACAGGGGGGCCUCCUGGCUCCGGGCCCCCUCCUGGACCCCCGGGCCUGUCUUCUGGCAGCGGGUCCAAGGAGCUGCUGGGCGCAGAGCUCCGCACCUCCCCUAAGGCUGUGGUCAAUAGCCAGGAAUGGACUUUGAGCCGCUCCAUUCCUGAACUGCGCCUGGGUGUACUGGGCGACGCCAGGAGUGGGAAGUCAUCACUCAUCCAUCGAUUCCUGACCGGUUCAUACCAGGUGCUGGAGAAGACAGAGAGUGAGCAACACAAGAAAGAGAUGUUGGUGGAUGGACAGACUCAUCUAGUGUUGAUCCGAGAGGAAGCUGGGGCACCUGAUGCCAAGUUCUCAGGCUGGGCAGAUGCUGUGAUCUUGGUCUUCAGCCUGGAGGAUGAGAACAGUUUCCAGGCCGUGAGCCGUCUCCAUGGGCAGCUGAGCUCCCUUCGGGGGGAGGGACGAGGAGGUCUCGCGUUGGCACUGGUGGGGACACAAGACAGGAUCAGUGCUUCCUCCCCUCGGGUUGUGGGCGAUGCUCGUGCCAGAGCUCUAUGUGCAGAUAUGAAACGCUGCAGCUACUAUGAGACUUGUGCAACCUAUGGACUCAAUGUGGACCGAGUCUUCCAGGAGGUGGCCCAAAAGGUGGUGACCUUGCGCAAACAGCAACAGCUUCUGGCUGCCUGCAAAUCUCUGCCCAGCUCCCCAAGCCACUCAGCUGCUUCCACUCCUGUAGCUGGGCAGGCUAGUAAUGGGGGCCACACUAGCGACUACUCUUCUUCCCUCCCAUCCUCACCCAAUGUUGGUCACCGGGAGCUCCGAGCUGAGGCAGCUACAGUGGCUGGAUUGAGCACGCCAGGGUCCCUGCACCGGGCAGCCAAGCGCCGGACCAGCCUUUUUGCGAAUCGUCGGGGCAGUGACUCUGAGAAGCGGAGCUUGGACAGUCGGGGAGAGACAACGGGGAGUGGGCGAGCUAUCCCCAUCAAACAGAGCUUCCUACUAAAGCGAAGUGGCAACUCCUUGAACAAAGAAUGGAAGAAGAAAUAUGUGACCCUGUCUAGUAACGGCUUCUUACUUUACCACCCCAGCAUUAAUGAUUACAUCCACAGUACUCAUGGCAAGGAGAUGGAUUUGCUACGAACAACAGUCAAAGUCCCUGGCAAGCGGCCCCCACGGGCCAUCUCUGCUUUUGGCCCCUCAGCCAGCAUCAAUGGGCUGGUCAAGGACAUGAGCACUGUCCAGAUGGGUGAAGGCCCUGAAGCCACUACUCCCGCCCCAAGCCCAAGCCCCAGCCCCAGCUCCUUGCAGCCACCACCAGACCAGACAUCCAAACACCUGCUGAAGCCAGACCGGAAUUUGGCCCGAGCCCUCAGUACUGACUGUACCCCAUCUGGAGACUUGAGCCCCCUGAGUCGGGAACCCCCUCCUUCUCCCAUGGUGAAGAAGCAGAGAAGGAAAAAAUUGACAACACCAUCCAAGACCGAAGGCUCAGCUGGGCAGGCUGAAGAGGAAAACUUCGAGUUCUUGAUCGUGUCCAGCACUGGUCAGACGUGGCACUUUGAGGCAGCCAGUUUUGAGGAGCGGGAUGCCUGGGUCCAAGCAAUUGAGAGUCAGAUCCUAGCCAGUCUGCAAUGCUGUGAAAGCAGCAAGGUCAAGCUACGCACAGACAGCCAAAGUGAAGCUGUGGCCAUCCAGGCGAUCCGGAACGCCAAGGGGAACUCCAUUUGCGUGGACUGCGGGGCCCCCAACCCCACGUGGGCCAGCUUGAACCUGGGGGCACUCAUCUGCAUCGAGUGUUCUGGCAUUCACCGGAACCUGGGCACGCACCUGUCCCGCGUUCGCUCGCUGGACUUGGACGACUGGCCGCGGGAGCUGACCCUGGUGCUGACAGCCAUUGGCAACGAUAUGGCCAACCGUGUGUGGGAGAGCGACACGCGGGGCCGCUCUAAACCCACGCGGGACUCCUCGCGGGAGGAGCGUGAGUCAUGGAUUCGCGCCAAAUACGAGCAGCUGCUGUUCCUGGCCCCGCUGGGCACUCCUGAGGAGCCGCUGGGCCGCCAGCUGUGGGCCGCUGUGCAAGCCCAGGACGUGGCCGCUGUUCUCUUGCUUCUGGCCCAUGCGCGACACGGGCCGCUCGACACCAGCGUAGAGGACCCACAGCUUCGCUCCCCACUUCACCUGGCGGCGGAGCUCGCCCACGUUGUCAUCACGCAGCUGCUGCUCUGGUACGGCGCGGAUGUGGCUGCCCGCGACGCGCAGGGUCGCACGGCGCUGUUCUACGCCCGCCAGGCUGGAAGCCAGCUGUGCGCCGACAUCCUCCUCCAGCAUGGCUGCCCGGGGGAAGGCGGCAGCACAGCCACCACCCCCAGUGCGGCCACCACUCCCAGCAUUACCGCCACGCCCAGCCCCCGCCGCCGGAGUAGCGCCGCCAGCAUGGGCCGCGCCGACGCCCCGGUUGCGCUGGUAUAGUUGUCCAGCGGGAGAGACACUCCCACUCCCCCACGGGCCGGGCACGACCGCACCGGGUGGACCGCUGGACAGAUGCACCCACUCACCUUUCCACUCCGCACCCCGCCCCACGGGAGCACUUUUUCCCCCACUCUCCCCACGAGGGCACAGCCCCCACGCCUCCCAGAAGACACAAACUCACCUCCCGCUCUCCAGUAAGGCAUGGAGACCCCUGCUCAACACGCCCCUUCUCCACUGUUUCCACACCGGGACUGCUCUGGGUCUACCCGCUCAGUGUUUGCGGAAAGGGAUGCCCGCGCUGUGGCACCUGUUCCUGGGCACUUGGCUACGCCCGUUUGCGUCCCCUAAGGGCGGCGGAAAGACCCGGUCCUGCCUGUGCUCAACAAAUCCCACAGGGGCGGGAGCACAUACCCAGGCUGGCUCCUGGGGCAACGCCACCCCGGAGGGAGGGGUUAGUACAUGGGAGUGCUAGCCCCAGGACUUGGGGCUAAUACGCGGACUCCACCCCUUCCAUGCUGAUCUCACUGCCUAGCGAAGGGGGAAGGGCAGCGAGGGGCAGGACCCCUGCUGCCUAUGGGGGUAGAGGGGUCCCCAACCCUUUCCGUGAAAGGGACCAUGAGGAGUGGAAAUCAGGACGUCCCCCCACACCCACCCAUGGAUGGAAGCUAAAGGGCUGGGGGAGCCAAGAGCCUAGGUCCCUCCUCACUACCAUCUUGGGAGGGAGAAGGGAUAGAACAGGAGAGGGCUAAGGGGACUGGGGAGGGGCCUUGUAAUUUAUUGCUUUGUUCCCCAACAAAGGGGCGGGCGGGCAGGGACUUGG